AUGCGAGACAAUCUGAUCUUUACGGAUGACAUUGUCAACAGCAUAUAUGGACAUGUGAAGGAGGGAUAUAAAUUCGAGGAGAAACCUAUCACUAGCGAUGAUGAGCAUUACAAUGAAAACCCUUCACUGUCUGAUCAAUCCUUCUGCCUGGUUUAUGUUAUAGACGCAAAUACAAUCCAUUUCUCUCCAGAAGAUAAUAUAAUUACUGAGGAACUGAGGAUCAUUCGCCAAAAAAUCUGUGAUAAUGGGAUUCCUCAAGUGAUUGUCAUGUCUAAAGUGGAUGAAGCAAGUCCUCUGGUCAAAAAUGAUCUAAAGAUGGUCUACAGAAGCAAUAUAAUCAAAAAGAAGAUGGAGAUGUGCAGUGCCACAGUCGGUGUUCCAAUGAGCAACAUCUUCCCAGUGAAGAACUAUAAUAAUGAGAUUAACACAAAUGAUGAUGCUGAUGUCUUGAUUCUCAAGGCAUUUGAUCAGAUUGUGCGUUCUGCUGAUGCUGAACUGAGGCAUGGUGCUUACAACGAAUGUAAACAACAAUAAUAGCCUUUAGGGUUGAAUGUAUAGUAAACGAAAUGUAUCAUCUGAAUCAAAAUGCAUUCCAUGUGCAACAUAGUACAGGUUAUAGCCAACAAGUGAGAAUGAUAAAAAUGACUCACACAUACACACAGUAUUAGAAAUUGCAACACAAAUUAGCUGUGUCAGCUUGAUUGGCUUGAACA